AUGCGUGUUUAUGACAACCAAAAUCAACUGCGAAAAAAGCUGGUUAUUGUAGGCGAUGGAGCUUGUGGAAAAACAGCUAUGCUCAUGGUUCAAUCUGGGCAGCCGUUUCCCGAGUCGUAUAUUCCCACUGUUUUCGAAAACUAUAUUUCAAAAAUCACACUCAGUAGUGGAAAGACUGUUGAGCUCUCACUAUGGGAUACAGCAGGACAGGAAGAUUAUGAUCGAAUUCGACCACUGAGCUACCCUGAUACCGAUGUGGCCAUCAUGACUUUUGCAAUCAAUGACCCGUCCACAUUAGAUAACAUUAGGGACAGAUGGGACCCAGAAACCAAACAUUUUUUACCUGGAGUUCCACGCAUUCUUGUUGGGAGCAAGGCAGACAUUCGCAAAUAUCCCGAACCUGUUAUCGAUGGACGUAUACCCGAAGCUCUCAUCACAUACGAAGAGGGAGUUCAAAUGAUGCAUCAGAUUGGAGCACUCAAGUAUUUUGAAUGUUCAGCCAAAACAGGAGAGGGGAUUAAAGAGGUGUUUACAACAGCAGCUAAGCUGGCAGUGAAGCAAAGGAAAAAGGCAGUCAGAUGCAAGGUUCUUUAA